GUCACGUCCGCUGCCGGGUGUGAAGGAAACGUGGCCUUUCGACAAGACUCUUGUCAGCGAGCGAACAUGGCGGAGACGGGCGGCCCGGCUAUCACCGACAGUGCGCUCAAUGUCACGCUCAACGACACCCAGGAGGCCGCCAAUGCCACCGCCAAGUUCGUGGCGACUCCCGAGGGGACGGCCGUCGCCUAUGGAAGCCUGGUGAUCAUGGCGCUGCUGCCCAUCUUCUUUGGGGCCUUGCGUUCGGUGAACUGCGCCAAGUCCAAGAAUUCCUGUGAUAUGCCUGAGACCAUUACAAGUCGAGAUGCAGCCAGGUUUCCUAUCAUUGCUAGCUGUACACUGUUUGGCCUUUAUCUUUUUUUCAAAAUAUUUUCUCAAGAGUACAUCAAUCUGCUCCUAUCCAUGUAUUUUUUCGUACUUGGCAUAUUGGCUUUGUCUCACACUUUAAGUCCAGCUAUGAAUAAAAUAUUUCCUGCAAACAUACCAAACAAACAGUAUCAGCUGCUUUUUACUCAGGGAGCAGGGGAAACCAAGGAGGAAAUCGUCAACUAUGAGUUUGACACCAAAGAUAUGAUCUGUUUGGGUUUUAGCAGUGUGGUUGGAGUCUGGUAUUUGCUGAAAAAGCAUUGGAUUGCAAACAAUCUGUUUGGAUUGGCAUUUGCUCUCAAUGGUGUUGAGCUUCUGCAUCUCAACAAUGUAAGCACAGGAUGUAUCCUCCUCGGUGGGCUUUUUGUCUACGAUGUAUUCUGGGUGUUUGGCACGAAUGUCAUGGUAACUGUUGCCAAAUCAUUUGAGGCACCAAUUAAAUUGGUGUUUCCCCAAGAUCUUCUCGAGAAAGGACUUGCUGCCAAUAAUUUUGCAAUGCUUGGCUUGGGGGAUAUCGUUAUUCCAGGCAUCUUCAUUGCCCUUUUGCUUCGUUUUGAUGUGAGUUUGAAGAAGAAUAGUCGAACAUACUUCUAUACCAGCUUUUUGGCUUAUAUACUUGGUCUUGGACUUACCAUAUAUAUAAUGCACACUUUCAAGCAUGCACAGCCUGCUCUACUGUACUUAGUACCUGCCUGCAUUGGAUUACCAGUCAUUGUUGCUGUGGUUAAAGGAGAACUUACUGACAUGUUCAGGUACGAAGAAAAGCCCGACCUUCCUGACACAGAGACUUUGGAUGAAACCAAGGACGACUUGAAGGAAACCAAGAAGGAACAGUAAUGGGAUGUGCCACAGAGCAAUCAAUUUAAAAAAAAAAAAAAAAAGUUUUAAACAUUCCCAGAUGCCUGUUCUGUGUUCAUUUUGUACAAAUGCCUAAUUGUAAUGAUGUGGUUAUUUGUGUCACACAUCCCUGGCUAUUAAUGGGGAAAAAAGUAUUUCAUUACAUCAUAGCAUGAUGCUAGUUACUCAGUUCCGCUUGGUGUUUUCUAUGAAUGUGCCAAUUAAUUGUUUUUAAAAAGAAACCCAAGAGGUUGCAUCAGUGCCUAUCUGUAAUCUUUUAAUUUAUUUUUGAAUGGAUUGAUCAGUCUGAAGAAGGGUCUCGGCCCGAAACGUCACCCAUUCCUUCUCUCCAGAGAUGCUGCCCGUCCCGCUGAGUUACUCCAGCAUUUUGUCUAUUGAAGUGAUCAUGACACUUGAAUUCAAAGGUGGCAAUAUUUUUGAUUUGUUUCACAAACAAAUGCAGAAACUGAAUUUUUGGACCAGUAUUCACCAAGUUCAUGUUAUAAAAUUUGUAUUUAUUUAAAGAAAUAAAUACCUGUUGUUUUUUACAUGCGGCUUUCACUUAAAGACUCCAGUGUCUUUUUAAGGGGGCAGGGGUUAGGAUUUAUUGGACAGGCUUUUUUUAAACACUGACUAUUGACAAUAGAUACAGCUUGCAACCUUGUAUGUAUGCCACACAUGAAACGCUGAAAUUUAAGUAGUAAAUAAUUAAAAAUUAACUGCUGUGAUUUACUGAAAUUUUGUAUGUGUUCUAACUGCUGGAAUUGCUUAAUUUAAUGGAUUCUUUUCUUUUCUUGCAUUUGUUUGUUAAACCAAAAUAAUGCGAGCUACUUUAUAUUGGAUGCACAUAUUUACAUCCACUUAAAUCCUUCUGUAGUUUUUGAUUUUCAUUGCAUUAACAUUAGCUGCUUUUACUGUUAUAUUGCAACACAUGGCACCACCAUUGUAGAGAGCGGGCAUUGUGUCUUUUUCGCACCUUUUGCCACGUCACGGAGGGACCAGUGUGUGAUAGAGCUGUUGCAAUGCCCUAUUUUUAUUCCUUCAUGUCUUUCUCUUCCACGCUCUCCCCAGUGACUGAUUGUAUACCCUUCCAUGCCUUGCCUGAGGUGAGCUAGCAGAAGAAAACUGAGGGCAUGGGUGGUGGGAGGUCCUGACAAUCUUCCACCUUCCCUGGUUCGUAUUACAAUCCCUUUUUGGGGAGUGAAAGUGAAAGUGAAUUUGGAUCCGUUAACUCCAUCUUGGAAUGACGAAACAGAAUGAAGUAAAUGACAGAGAUUACCGUCUGGAUAGUUUGGCAGGUUUCAGAUGUCGCAGUCUAGAUUAAUCCAGUUUAGACAAACUAUUGUGUCCCACCAUUCUGAGUCUUGGUGCAUAUAUUUUUAAGCACUUAACCAGCCUGAGGGAUGGUAAAUUUGUUGACACCUAACUUGAGCUCAGCACAUAAUAAGUGCUGUGAACCAGCACUUUGGCUCUCAUGUGAUGUGUAAGUCCUUUUGCUUCUGCAUUGUCUUGCAGUUUCUUUCCUCACAGAUUUGAAAUCGGCUCACCCCAGUGUUAUGUUAUGUGUUUAACAUUUGGUUUUGCUUUUGUUAGUAAGGAACAUUGCAUCUUAACUAGAGAUUUAAGUACUGAAAAGUGUGUGAUUACAAUGCAAGAAUAGAAACGGACAAGUUUGCAGAGUGUUAGUUUGAAUAAUUGAACUUCUUAACAAUUAUAUUUUCACCCAAAUUGGCAUGCUGUGGUUUGGUUGUACAAGGCAUUUGGAAGUAUAUUUCGACAAAAUUUGAAUAAAUAGGACUUGGGCCCAUUGUGUCUGCUCCACCGGGCUGACCAGGUUUUUUUGUCCUCGUCCCAAUUCUCCUGCCUUCUCCUAUUAAAAUUAGAUGCCCUUCAUAAUCCAAAACCUAUCAAACUCCGCUUUAAAAAUAACCAAUGACUUGGCCUCCACUGCCAUCUGUGGCAAUGAAUUCCACAGAUUCACCACCUAUUCUCCAGGUGGAUGAAGGUGGAGUAGAAUAGGUUUGCCUCUUAAAACGUAAUCUCCAAAACCAAUUAGUGAAUGUUGAGACUUCAUAUGUCUGUUAACCCUCUAUCACAACACACUUCUUCAAGAGAGGUGAAUAAAUCAUGGCUCUGAGCACUUCCUGCCAGAAUGAUAAAAGGAAUUCCAUUCCAGAAAGGUGACGGGAAUCUGUUUAAAACUAAAAUUAAGCACAACUUCUCUUUGGGUUAAAGGUGUUUUUUUAAGUACAAGAUAUUUUAGAAUGAUGUUUUCAAAUCUUAUAGUUUUUUAAGUAUCCUUUAGUGAUUCAGCCUCUUCACCAUAUCCAUGUCCCGGAAUGCUCACUGCAUACAGCUAUGUUACAGCAACAGUGGCAUUAUCUGAAGAAAGGUCCUGACCUAAAGUGUUGCCCAGAGAUGCUGCCUGACCCGCUGAGUACUCCAGCACUUUGUGUCAAUCAGUGGCAUUAUCAACAUUGUGGUACCACUCACUGCUGAAUGUGGUACCGAUUUAUCCUUUUGUUUGACUCUGCCCUCAGUAUAACUAAUGGAAGAUGAUAUGGCGCUAGUAUAAAGUUUGUUUGUGUGAAUCUAGAGCAAAUCAUGCCAACUUCAACUUGCUGCUUCUGAUCAGAAGGUGCCCGAGUCUGACCUUGGGUGCUCGGUCUAGUUUCUUCAGUGCUUCGCCCCCAAAACAUCUGAGCACAGUAUUUGAAGCAUUAAAACUUAGCUGUAGUCCUCUGGUAAUGUAGAAAUGGUGCAGGCAGGUAAAGGAGGAUUUUCUUUUGUGUUGUAGCAGGGUGGUGUUAUUUUAUUGACAUCUGAAACUUUUAAAAAUGUGUUUGAAUAAAUGACUACAUGUGUUGCACCUGAAACUGUUGUGUGAUGCCUAUACAUGCUUUUUAUUCUACAGGGGGGGAUGUAAACCGCCUUCCCAUUCUUGUUCUCAAUUGGGAUUAGUCUUUGCAGUGUGUUUCAGAUUCAGCUGUACACUAUGAUUUGGAGGUUCGGUGCGGUUAAAACGUAUUGAAAUGCCUUUAUUUCAGGUGGGAUGGGAUUUAAUAUAUUUUUUUUUUUUACUGUGUUUGCUCCAUUCUAAUUCUUACAUUUUGUCUUGUUCUGUCAUUUCCCACCCCUCAAACUUGCUUUUUUUUUUCAUUGUAGAAAAACAAAAUGGUUCUUGUAGAAAGGAGCUGUGGUUGAUUUGUAAUAAACUGGUGUGCACCACUCUCAAUAAUCA